CAAUAUUUUAUGUCCUUUUCUAUUUCACCGUAUAAAUACAAAUUCAAAUGUAAUAGCGCAGGGGAAACAGACACCAAUUUUAGUUUGAGAAAUCAAUGGUGUGGUCCCCAGCCGAGAGGGACGGGACAAACGCGAGUAAGCAGGACACGCGCGGGAGAUGCCGUAAGAACACGCGCCAGGGCUAAUCGACAAAAGAUCUGCGGGGAUAUAGCGCUGGGAAAAGUCAGAGACCAAUUAAUUGAAUCACGGGCAGCCCCACGCACCUCCUAACGCCGUCAUUCUCAGCCACUUACGCCGUCUCAUUUUAUUCAUCGCCAGCCGCUCCGAGCCAGCUUGCUUCGGAUCCGGGCCCGGACCACCAAAGUUUUGAAAGAGGGAUAAAGCUGACGCCAAAGCAAAAACCCCAAAACCACACCCAAAUAAUAAUGUAAAUAAAGGAGGAGAGAGAAAGACAGCCAGGAAAAUAAUUUUAGAAAUACAGAGAGUGUGGUUGUCUUUUUCCCUAGAGAGAGAAAAACUGUAGAGAGAGAAACAGCUAGAGCUUGAAGGAAUCUCGGAAAAGAUGGGGCAGAUCGUGAAGAAGAAGAAGAAAGGCAGACCAGCGAAGGCAGAUCCCGGCGGCGCCAGAGACCUGCCGCAGACGGAGCGCGACCUGCGGCGGAGCCACCGUCGCCGGAGUGUAAAGUACGUAUUCGACCUCGAUGACUACUUCGACGAGGACGAGGUGUUCGUGGACGACGAGGACCAGCGGCGGAGGGAAAAGAAGCUGAAGCUCCUUCUCAAGCUCCAGAGCGGCGGCGAGCCGGAACCAACUGUUCGGCGCGUGCAGCACGCGCCUGCGGCGUCGUGCUCCUCCGACGAGGACGGCGGCAAGCCGUCGAAGAAGCGGAAAAUCGACGAAGAAAUGGACGAGGAUUUGGAUGACGGAAAUGAUGAUGCGAAUGAGGAAGAAAUUUAUAAUGAUGAAGACGAAGAAGAGGUUAGAGAAACAAGGCGAGAACUCAAAGCAGAAGACUCGCCACCAGGGACUCCUGCAGAGGUGUCGUGUGGGCUGCCGCUGCCUGAUAAGAAGACAUUGGAGUUAAUUUUGGACAAGCUGCAGAGGAAAGAUAUCUAUGGUGUUUAUGCAGAACCGGUUGAUCCAGAAGAGCUUCCAGAUUACUUUGACGUGAUAGAUCAUCCAAUGGAUUUUGCUACUGUGAGGAACAAUCUGCGUAAUGGGUUGUAUGCAACUUUCAAGCAAUUUGAGAGUGAUGUUUUCCUCAUUUGCUCAAAUGCAAUGCAAUAUAAUGCACCGGAUACCAUAUAUCACAAACAGGCACGCACCAUCCAAGAGUUGGCAAAAAGGAAAUUUCACAAGAUAAGGCUUAAUUUUGGACGCAAUGAUAAAGAGAACAAACCCGAGCACAAAGCAAGAUCUUGCUCUCUUUCAAAAAAGCAAAUCAAAAGGCCUGUGAUCCGGACAGGGCAAGAACCUGUUGGCUCUGAUUUUUCAUCAGGAGCUACUCUUGCAACAGCGGGCGAUAUUCAGAAUGUUGCCAGUGUUGGGUCUGAGAAAACUGGUGGUACGGAUGGGCUUGUUGACGGAAGUUCUUUCUUGAAUGACAACAAUUUGGACAAAGCGGAAGACUUGCUGCAAGGAAGGGCCCUCCCAUCUCGUUUUGGUAGGAGAUCAUCAUUUGUACAAGAUGAAAAUCGUCGUGCAACAUAUAACAUAUCACUAUCUCAGCCUGUGGCCAGCUCAGAAUCUAUAUUCUCAACUUUUGAUGGUGAAACCAAGCAUCUGAUGCCUGUAGGGCUUUAUUCGGAUCAUUCAUAUGCUAGGAGCCUGUCUCGAUUUGCUGCAACUCUUGGAUCUGUCGCCUGGAAAGUUGCCUCUAAAAGAAUUGAACAAGCACUACCUCAGGGAUUCAAAUUUGGUCAGGGUUGGGUUGGGGAGUAUGAGCCACUUCCAACUCCAGUAUUGAUGCUGGAAAAUUGCAGUGUGAAGGAACCACCAUUUUUCACGAAAAUACAGCCUGCUGUGGAACCGAGGAACUUUGAGAAGGUACCUAUAAUCUCUAAUACUUCCAAGGGAAUCCCAGGUAAUUUAUCUUUCUUCGAACAAAGGCUGCCGUUUCUUGGCCCUGCUGGAAUUAAAUCACUUGCUCCUAUCAUCACGGCUCACCCAAUCAGAGGUAGUAUGUCAGAGACAAAGCCGUCAUUCUUUCUAUCUCCUGGGAUUAGACCUAGUAGUCCUUAUAAUCUCGGCUGCGUUAAUCAGAAUUUACAAUCCAGGGAUCUUCUUGAAUCUGACAAAAAGGCUCAGAAGCAGGUUGAGCCAAACAGUCCACGCACAUUAAGUAAAACUGCCGCUGAUUCUGUUGGCAACAGGCAGUUUCAUAGGAGUUCGGAAGUGGAGGCUUCUCGGCCUGUGGAGUUCUCUUCAAAGAACAUGAACUUUUCGCAAUCUGGCUCUUUAAAACAGCCUGAUCAUAGUAAUAGCCUUGCUUUUGGAGGAUUGCCUAAUGGAAGAGUCGUCGUUAAUAAGGUGGAUGGUACUACAGUGAAUAGUUCGUCUGCUGAUUCGACAAAACCAGCUAGCUAUUAUCCCCAUGAACAGGGUCAGGGUCUCAGUGACCCAGUCCAGUUGAUGAGAAUGUUAGCAGAUCACAGUCAACAAAAAUCCUCUAAUCAGUCAUCAGCCGAUGAUCCUCAAGUUUUAACAUCAGCGCCGUCCUUGGGCAGCAAUGGAUGGAACGGCAAUGAUCCAAAUAAUGCAGCUAUGGCUGCUGCACGCGCGUGGAUGUCUGUAGGGGCAGGAGGGCUAAGGCCAGUUACUGAAAAUGCUAAUCCGACCAAGAACCACAUGUACGGUGAUCCAAUCUACAACCCCUCUCGUAAUAUCCAGUCACAAGUAUCACAGAUCCGCGGAGAAUUUCCUUCUUCUGGAAUGCAUGUUCGGCCAGACAAGAACAGUGCUCCAAUGCAUGCGUUUGUACCACAAGGGCCAAUACCGAUGCUAGUAGGGAACCAAAUACAGUUUCAGAACCAGCGAAUGGUGUUUCCACAGCUGGCUCCUGCUGACUUAUCUCGGUUCCAGCUGCAGUCUUCCUGGCGCAAUGUGAGCCCGCAAAUGCAUUCAAGACAGAAACAGGAAUCGCUUCCUCCUGAUUUGAACAUUGGUUUCCAAUCAUCAGGGUCGCCAGGAAGGCCGUCUUCAGGCGUUCUGGUUGAUUCUCAGCAACCCGAUCUGGCUCUCCAACUCUGAGAGCAACUACAUUAUUAGUCUUGGGGUGUUUUGGUUCGCGACUCAGCAUGUGCCCUUAUAAAUUGCGUUCGGGAUCAUAUGUUGACAUCUGUUGCAAUCCUUGUACGUGGUGAUCCGGUUUAGGUUUAGGGUAGAUAUUAAAAAGAUAGAAAAUGGUGGGAGGCUGCAGAAUGGUUUAUAUGUAAGCAGUGGGGUUCGUUUUGUGUUAGAAAUGUAUUAGAAGGUAUUGUUUUCUAGUGGAAAGUUGAAGGAAGCGGCAUUUUAGCAGAUGUAUUUGAUGAGAAUAAUUUAGUGUUUGCAGCAUGUGACGUUAUGGUUGGUGAAAUGGGAAUCAGGAUUUAUUACCUUA